GGUGUGGUGCACGCGCCCCGUGUGCCGAGAAACCGGGUUCCUCCAGGUGAGUUUUCUGGCGCUGCCGGAAGUGUCCGGAGAAAGCCGAGCCGAGCUGAGCUGAGCCUCCUGUGCUGUGUCGCCGGCCUCACCCACUGCGGGCACCAUGGAGCCGGGCGCCUGAGGGCGGAGCGGUGCCCUGCCCCCGACAUGCCAGCCGGGUCCAUCGGCGCAGGUGUUUGGUGUGUAGCAUAGAGGCACUAUGUACUCAGAGUGGAGGUCCCUACAUCUUGUUGUCCAAAAUGAUCAGGGUCACACCAGUGUACUUCACAGCUAUCCUGAUAAUGUGGGGAGGGAGGUGGCAAAUGCAGUGGUGCGUCCUCUUGGGCAAGCCUUAAAUACGCCGUCGGCAGCUGGGAGCGAGAGUUUACUAAAAACAGAUAAAGAAGUAAAAUGGACCAUGGAGGUGGUUUGUUAUGGACUGACCCUCCCAUUGGAGGGCGAUACUGUGAAGUAUUGUGUUGAUGUAUAUACUGACUGGAUUAUGGCUCUUGUAUUACCUAAAGACUCCAUUCCUUUACCUGUUAUUAAGGAACCAAACCUUUAUGUUCAGAGCAUUCUCAAACAUCUACAAAAUCUCUUUGUACCAAGGCAGGACCCGGGGUCCAGUCAGAAUAGACUAUGCUUGCAGGUUUUGAAGGCUGUCCAGAAAUUGGCUCGUGAGUCAACCAUCAUGGCUCGAGAAACUUGGGAGGUUUUACUGUUGUUUCUUCUACAGAUUAAUGACACUCUUCUGGCAGCUCCCACUGUGCAAGGUGGCAUUGCUGAGAAUCUGGCUGAGAAACUGAUUGGUGUGCUGUUUGAAGUGUGGUUGCUAGCUUGCACUCGGUGCUUUCCAACACCCCCUUAUUGGAAAACUGCCAAAGAAAUGGUGGCCAACUGGCGGCAUCACCCUGCUGUAGUGGAGCAGUGGAGCAAGGUUAUCUGUGCCCUUACUUCCAGAUUGCUGCGUUUUACAUAUGGACCUUCAUUUCCUCCAUUUAAAAUUCCUGAUGAAGAUGCAAGUCUGAUUCCUCCUGAAAUGGACAACGAGUGCAUUGCACAGACUUGGUUUCGCUUUUUACAUAUGCUGAGUAAUCCAGUGGAUUUGAGUAACCCAGCCAUUAUAAGCUCUACCCCCAAAUUUCAGGAGCAGUUUCUGAAUGUGAGUGGAAUGACUCAAGAAUUGAAUCAGUAUCCCUGCCUUAAACAUCUGCCUCAUAUAUUCUUUCGUGCCAUGCGUGGGAUCAGCUGUUUAGUGGAUGCGUUCCUAGGCAUUUCACGACCCCGGUCAGACAGUGCUCCCCCCACGCCAGUAAAUAGGCUGAGCAUGCCCCAGAAUACUGCUAUCAACACAACUCCACCUCAUAACCGAAGGCAUCGGGCUGUGACUGUGAAUAAGGCAACAAUGAAAACCAGCACUGUUAGCACUGUUCACACAUCAAAAGUGCAGCACCAGCCGUCGUCCUCCACCUCUCCAUUGUCUAGCCCGAACCAGACUAGUUCUGAGCCUCGACCGCUACCAGCUCCCCACAGGCCAAAGGUUAACAGCAUAUUGAACCUCUUUGGAUCAUGGUUAUUUGAUGCAGCAUUUGUUCACUGUAAACUUCAUAAUGGAAUAAAUAGAGACAGCAGCAUGACUGCAUCUUUUAUCCAAAUUCUUCUUUCUUAUAAAUCUUCUAUAGCAACCCAAGCUAGCAUGGAGUUUCGUCGGAAAGGAUCUCAAAUGUCCACAGACACCAUGACUUCCAAUUCCACAUUUGAUUCAAGUGACUUUCCUGAUAACUAUGAAGCAGGAAGAGCAGAGGCAUGUGGAACGCUAUGUAGGAUAUUUUGUAGCAAGAAGACUGGGGAGGAUAUACUGCCAGCUUACUUAUCCCGAUUUUACAUGCUUUUAAUUCAGGGUUUGCAGAUAGCAGAUUUCAUUUGCCACCCAGUGCUGGCCAGCAUUAUUCUAAACUCUCCUCCGUUGUUCUGCUGCGACCUGAAAGGGAUUGAUGUUGUGGUUCCUUACUUCAUUUCUGCCCUUGAAACGAUUUUACCUGACAGAGAGCUCUCAAAGUUUAAAACCUAUGUAAACCCUACAGACCUGAGAAGAUCCUCUAUCAAUAUUUUGCUGUCAUUGUUGCCUCUCCCUCAUCAUUUUGGGACCAUAAAAUCUGAGGUUGUCCUGGAAGGAAAAUUCAGCAAUGAUGACGGCUGCUCAUCAUAUGAUAAACCAGUAACCUUCCUAUCCUUGAAGUUGAGGCUUGUGAAUAUACUAAUAGGAGCUUUGCAAACUGAAACAGACCCUAACAACACUCAAAUGAUACUAGGAGCGAUGUUAAAUAUUGUUCAAGACUCAGCACUUUUAGAAGCCAUUGGCUGUCAGAUGGAAACGAAUGGUGGAGAAAAUAACCUUUUGAAAAACCACCGUCGCACUAACAGUGGCAUUAGUACAGCAAGCGGAGGAAGCACAGAGACCACAACUCCAGAUAGUGAGAGACCAGCACAAGCACUUCUAAGGGAUUACGCUCUUAAUACAGAUACAGCGGCUGGACUACUGAUUCGCAGUAUUCACCUGGUAACACAAAGACUCAACUCACAGUGGAGACAGGACAUGAGUAUCUCACUAGCUGCAUUAGAGCUUCUUUCUGGAUUGGCUAAGGUGAAGGUGAUUGUUGAUUCAGCGGACAGAAAGCGAGCUGUCAGUUCAGUAUGCAGUUACAUUGUGUACCAGUGCAGCCGUCCAGCUCCACUCCACUCUAGAGAUCUUCACUCCAUGAUCGUUGCAGCAUUUCAGUGCCUCUGUGUCUGGCUCACUGAACAUCCUGACAUGAUGGAUGAGAAGGACUGUUUAAAAGAGGUGUUGGAGAUUGUGGAAUUGGGCAUCUCAGGAAGUAAAUCUAAAAACAGUGAACAAGAGGUCAAGUACAAAGGAGAUAAAGAACCAAAUCCUGCGUCAAUGAGGGUGAAGGAUGCAGCUGAAGCUACGUUAACGUGUAUUAUGCAGUUACUUGGAGCAUUUCCUUCACCCAGUGGCCCUGCUUCUCCUUGCAGCCUGGUGAAUGAAACCACCUUAAUUAAAUACUCCCGUCUACCUACCAUUAACAAACACAGCUUCCGCUACUUUGUCCUUGAUAAUAGUGUCAUCCUGGCAAUGUUGGAGCAGCCUUUAGGGAAUGAGCAAAAUGACUCUUUCCCCUCUGUCACGGUUCUGAUCCGUGGGGUGUCUGGAAGACUUGCAUGGGCCCAGCAACUUUGCCUUUUGCCAAGAGGAGCUAAAGCAAAUCAAAAGAUGUUUUUACCAGAACCUCGACCAGCUCCUAAAAAUGAUGUUGGACUCAAAUACAGUGUGAAACACCGGCCCUUUCCUGAGGAGGUGGACAAGAUCCCUUUUGUGAAAGCCGACCUGAGCAUUCCAGACUUGCAUGAAAUUGUUAAUGAGGAACUGGAAGAGCGUCAUGAAAAGCUGAGGAAUGGUAUGGCCCAACAGAUCACUUAUGAGACUUCUGUAGAUCAGCAGAGUGAAGAGGAGUGGCGCAAGAAGAGUUUCCCUGACCCAAUCACUGAGUGUAAGCCCCCGCCUCCUGCCCAGGAAUUCCAGACAGCACGUCUCUUCCUCUCGCACUUUGGAUUUCUGUCCCUAGAGGCACUGAAGGAAACUGCUAACAGCCGUCUACCUCCUCAUCUGAUUGCACUUGACUCCGCUCUCCCUGGGUUUUUUGAUGACCUUGGUUACUUGGAUCUACUGCCAUGUCGUCCUUUUGAUACAGUUUUCAUUUUCUACAUGAAGGCAGGCCAGAAAACAAGCCAGGAGAUUCUGAAGAAUGUAGAGUCUUCCAGAAAUGUUCAGCCACACUUCCUAGAAUUCUUACUGUCUCUUGGCUGGGCCGUAGAUGUGGGGAAGCACCCUGGCUGGACUGGGCAUGUUUCAACAAGUUGGUCUAUUAACAGUUGCAGUGAUGAAGAGGGAUCCGAGCAAGAUGAAAUCGUUUCUUCAGAAGACACCGGAGCGAGCAUAUUCAAUGGGCAGAAGAAGGUUCUGUAUUAUGCUGAUGCCCUUACAGAAAUAGCAUUCGUUGUUCCCUCCCCAGUGGAGUCCUUAACUGAUUCAUUGGAAAGCAAUGUCUCAGACCAAGAAAGCGACUCUAACAUGGAUCUUCUGCCUGGGAUACUAAAGCAACCAUCUCUGACACUUGAACUCUUCCCCAAUCAUACAGACAAUCUCAAUUCCUCGCAGCGGCUCAGUCCUACUUCCAGAUCAAAGAAGUUGCCUCAGGGCCGGACCAUUCCACCAAUGGGACCUGAAACCAAGGUGUCUGUGGUCUGGGUUGAACGUUAUGAUGAUAUAGAAAACUUUCCCCUCUCUGAUCUGGUUUCUGAGACCAGCACUGGUGUAGAAACUACAUCAAAUAGUAGCACUUCCCUCAGAUCAACCACUCCUGAAAGAGAAGUUCCUGUAGUUUUCAUCCACCCCUUAAACACUGGGUUAUUCAGGAUAAAAGUGCAAGGCGCUACUGGGAAAUUCAACAUGGUCAUCCCCUUGGUAGAUGGAAUGAUAGUUAGUAGGCGAGCUCUUGGUUUCUUAGUGAGACAAACAAUAAUAAAUAUUUGUCGGAGAAAGAGGUUGGAAAGUGAUUCAUACAACCCUCCACAUGUCCGCCGAAAACAGAAGAUAGCCGACAUUGUCAAUAAAUACAGAAACAAGCAGCUGGAGCCAGAGUUUUAUACCUCACUUUUCCAGGAGGUUGGGCUCAAGAACUGCAAUCCCUAGACCAAUAUCCUUCCAGGACAAUUAGAUCAGAGCUUGGUGGCUACAGUAAUCGAAACAGACAACCAAAAAAACCCAAACCACCCUACAAAAAAUCUCCCUCUUAGUCCUCCAGAGUAGAGAGAAAUGACUCGGUGGAUACCAUGCAGGAGGAGUCAGGAAUGAAUAGGUUCUCAGCCUUCAACAUCCUAGUAAGACCACAUCUUUAAACACAACUCCAUGUCCCCUGCACAAGAGGAGGCAAAAAUUAUCCCACUUUCACCAUUUAAACACUUUCCCAUUCUGUUAAAAAAAAAUAUAUAGCAAGUAUGUCUGAGAGAGGCUUGAAUGCGGCUCUGACAGCUUCCCGAGUUCAAAGAAAAUUGCGGGUGCUGGGCGUAGGUUCAGGAAAUAACAGCUAGGGCUUCCUUCCUCACUGGUCCAGGAGAUUCGGUUCCAGAACUAAUCCUGAGACCAGUUCCUUACAAGACAUGAAAUCAAGAACAUGGUAGCUGGAAUAUUAACUUACCUUGCCCACUGACAACCAACCACUGCAUUCCACACCAGUCCUCCUGGCUACUCAAAACAUCAUCUCUUAGCACAACCUUCAUUCUCACCUAAUUACAGGAAGGAACAAAUAUCUCAUCCAGUGAGAAGGAUGCACUGAAUAGAGACCUCCAUCUCUGCAUAGGGGGAUGGAAAAUGAAAUACAGAUAAACCUGGCUCCCACAUCUGAAUGAAAGGUGUCUAAAGUGCACACAUGCACAAAAGAAGAAAGGAACAGAGUCAUCUUCCCUUCACACCUGCUGGGAAAGAGAGACUCCAUCCCGGAGCAUUAACCAUCCACUGUAAGGAGUUAAAUAGAAGUUCUUAAAAAUACCUCCAAACUCAAAAGAAGAGACUUCUCUGACCAAGGCCGUUCAACUCCUAUAACAAACUGAAGGAGAAAAAGUUAAGUCAUGAAAUCCAUAGCUGAAGUGCUGUGAUUCCAUAGUUACCUCUCAAUAAAUUACAGAAUUACUGCUGGUGUUCGCAUGACUGAGUUUUAUGCAUAUUUACACUUAUACCAGGUAUACACAGAAAACCUGAGAUUACCUUACUUUCAAGAAUUUUUUUCUACUAGAUAAGAGUUGUCUUGCAGUUGUGUAUAAACAAAGCUAAGGCAUUAAGGUCUGCUGCAAGAUGUCACUUGGUUUUAAUACUAUUUGGUUUUAUGCCACUAUCUAAAUAGCACAUUAUAAUGGUUAAAUUGCCUGCUUGCUUACCACCAGAUCAAAAAUGAGUGUCUCCAGAAAGACUGUUUAGAGAGCUGUAUGCAUGAGGACUGUUACAGGAGUCAUGUUACUGAGUGUGGUCCAGAAUAUUUGCUUUACUUUCGCUGAAAUGAUUUGGGGUCUGGCCCAUUAGAGAAUGUUUAACUCUUUUUGAUAUUUGUGCAGGUGUCAGGCUGUUCCUCAAACUGUUAAACUAUCCCCUAAAGAACAAUCACCCGUCGAAUUCACUUUCUUCUCCACUCUGGGAUGAUCCAGGCUACCACAGCCUGUUUAUAGUGACUAUUGUGCAACUGGCUCAUAAUUCAGCAUAAAAUACUGUAAAGAUGCUGUGUGUUUAGUUUGUUCAUCUCAAGUAAUGGCUACUGUUUCUGAAAGUGGUUUCCUUUCCUAAGGACAGAUGGAAGUGACCAGUUACCCUUUACAGCAAGGAGAGCUGUUCAUAAACUCUAAACUCCUCUAUUCCCUCAUUUUAGUGAGCACAGGUCAAAAGUUUUCUCCAGAGUGCCCCCCCAUGUCAUAAAUUAACAAUUAAAUAUAAAUAUUUUUAGUCCCAAAUAAAACAGGCCUGUAGCAUGAAAUGUGGAUUUUGCAUUCUGUGACUAUUGAUGCCUGUUCUGUCCUCUGCAAAGCUGCUGGGUUUCUAUUUGAGCUCUUUUGCUCUUUAGGUAGAACUUUCUCCCCUGCUGGGCUCAUAGUGCCCAGCCCCCUUUCCAGGCAUCUGCCUUUACAUUAGGAUACCAAAAUUGUUUUAUGCAGUGCACAAACUCUCACCGAGGGACAUGUUGGGAGGCAGAAGUCAGAUUGACAAAUAUAGUAUUGGAAAUUCCAAAAUCCACUGUAAUAUGAUGCUGAAAAGUGUAAUACAACGUUCAGAAUUCCUCUUCACCACCACCACCCCAAAAAAAUUCAAUUUGCAUUGCAAUGAUGAAUUAUCACAUGAUGAAUAGCUGAAGUUUGUCAGAGCAUGGGGGGUGAUGUGUGGUCUCUUCUGAUACAGUAGAUCAGCAGAAAGGAUUGGUGUGAGGAGGAGGCGUUUGUCAGGUUUAUUAUAGUUUAUUAUGAAAAGACAUUCAGAGACUUUUAAUGCAAAUUGCAAUAAGUUUUGAUAUUUAUUUAAAUUUUAUAUUUUUGAAAGUUACUUUUUGCAACAGUUCUGACUUCCAAACAGGCUUAGUAAGGAAAGUAUUUCAUCACACAAGACUAAUGUAAAAGAAGUGGUCUUCUGCAAAGAAUAAAUUGGAAAAAGUGCCCUAAAAAUCCCCCUGAAAGGACUUUUGAGGAUGUGACAAAGGGGAGUGGGGGGUUGGGUGAUGGAGUGUGCUCCUUACAGGGGCCUAGAGCACUAGUUACUCAGCUCUGGGAAUCUGGGUUCAAAUUCAGGUGGAUCACAAGUGAAAAAUGAGACCACAAAGAAACACUGCAAAUAUUUGCAUGAUUGCUGGCCCUUGCUCAUGCCAUGCCCAGGGGUCAAAUAGCAAGGGAUUGCAGCAGGGUGGACGUGAAGUCCAGUGGCCGAGUUGUAGAGGGAAGCUUGUGGAGCAUCUUGCCAGUGUUCGUUCAGUUCAUGAGCACCAACUUUAACCACAAUCUUUAUGUACCUAUUUGGUCUAUUAUGACCGAACACAUUUAGUCCACUGAAGAAAUGGCAUGACCAGUGCAUGUAUACUGAAGUGGUGUAAUGAACGUGUUGAGCAAUCAAAUGUUUGCACAUUAUCAAUAACUUUUUAAAAAACAAACGACUAUAUUUGUUUGACCAAUGUAUGAAUAUUAUAGAUAAAGCCAAUAGUUCACAUAUGGACUGCAAUGGGCUGCAAAAGACAUCUGUCUGUUAUUCAGGCCUGAAGAAAAGUGUCCAAAACAUCAAGACGUUUAUUGAGAGGGGCAUGAGUAUUUUUUUUUGAUAAGUCCAAGAUAGCCAAAUAGUCCUCACAUUUUAUUUUCAGAAAGAUUAAAAAUCUGCUCUUGGGUGAAGACUAUUUCUUGGUUUAUUUCUGAGUCUCUGAGCUCAACUGAGACAUGAGUUGUAAGUUUUUACUGUACAGGAAGGCACCCACCAUGAGUGAACCCAUAUCGCUGCUGUAUUUAUCCAGAGCCUGGGGAAUGGGGCUUUAUACCUUGCUGACACAACCUUAAUUUGGUUUUACAAUUGGCUGUUUAACAUGUUACCACAUGACUGUUACUGCUUGGCCAUUAAUGGUUUUUCACUUGCCUGAAAUAAUGAAAAGGGUGGAACUUCUGGAGAGAGACUGUCCAAUAUAAAACUAUAGUGAUUACACAAAUACACAAUGACUCCUCAGUAGAGCCAGCAUAUCACCCUGAGUAUUUACCCCAAAUCAUUAGACCACAUAAGAGAGAUUUGACUUGGUCAUGCUUAAAGGAACACUGAAAGAUUAAAAAUCCAGAUUUCCUCACGUUUCUAACACCAUAGAUUAGUACAACUGAAAAUUAAAGUCCCCCACAAUUUUCUUAACCCUUAAAUGGCCUAGUUACUUCUUGCAUUUCAUUCUUGGUAGAAAACAUAUUGACUGUUUCACUUGCAUGUAGUUUAUUUUCUGUCGAGUAACAGGCACCAGCAUGGCACUACAAUAUUUGGGUCACAAACAUUACACAGGUCUCUAUUUAAAUGUUACUUUUUUCCCUUUUUAGAUCGUGAAAACAUUCUGUUGGGGGUCUGUAAAAAACAUUUUUAACUGACAGUACCCUGUUUAAUAAAUUAUUUCAGUAGAAUUUGAGAAAAGGUAACAUACUGUCAUCUUGUUAGUAUUUCUGCAUUAGAGUUGCAAUAAUUUUAGGACCUUACGUCUCAUUUAAAGAGUUAUGAAGUAUCUUUUUUUUAAGUACUUAAAAGGGUGUUACAAACUUACAGCAAAUGAAUGGGAAAACCCAUGUCUGUGAAAGAUUAGAUACCUUUGUGGACAGCAUCUUCAGAGAAAUUAUAGGAAGCAAAGCCAGUCAUUUGUAGCCUAACAUCAAAUUGCUGGCUUCACAACAGGUAGCUGUGCAUUUUUCUCAUGCAGUGUUCUGAGUGUUUAGCCCAGAAGGAUAGCAAAACUAAAUGUGACUUUUAAUGGUGAAAAAAAGUUAGAUAUGAUUCAAUGAUCACACAGUUUAAGGGCUGAUGUCUUUGAAGAAACCAAACGUAUACUGUUUCCACAUUGGGUUUUAGCAGGAGUGGUUUGAAUUGCGAUUGCCAGGUAUCAUGUGCUUAAAAUCAUGUACACUUUGUGUGAACUUCUGUAUGUUGCCAAGAUAUGAUCUUUUUGUUCCUAUUGUAUUUUUCUGUAAAUAUUCUUGGCGCUAAGUUGUAAAGUAAAGGCAAACUGUAAAUAUGAAGAUGUGAACUAUGUUCCCUUGUCUCUAGUACUUAUCUCUUAUUUGUUUAGGGAAGGCACAAAGGCUUGUAUGUAUUUAGGCCAAUUCUUUCUCCAGAAGAAACACAUCAGAUAUUGAAUGUAACACAAUUAGUCCAAUAAAUUUUAAAGAAAUUCUUAUCUA